AUGACAGCCCAUCAUGAAAAGACUAUAAAGGUAGUUGCCAAGGAUGCCAGAAGUGGAAAGCAAAUCAAGUUGGAAUAUGUGAACAAAAAGAUCACCGGAAACGGCUCUUUUGGUGUUGUCUAUCAAACGCGACUUGUUGAAUCCAACGAAGACGCUGCCAUCAAGAAGGUAUUGCAGGAUAGACGAUUCAAGAAUCGUGAGCUUCAAAUCAUGCGCCUUGUAGACCACCCCAAUGUGUGUCAGCUCAAGUCUUACUUUUACAAUCAAGUUGAGAACAAGGAAGACGAAGUCUAUUUGAAUCUCGUCAUGGAAUACGUACCCGACACCUUAUAUCGAGCCACCAGACAUUACACCAAAGCAAAGCAGCAAAUGCCCAUGAUCCUCGUUCAGUUAUACAUGUACCAAGUCAUCCGAUCCUUGGCUUAUAUUCAUUCUCUUGGUAUUUGCCAUCGUGAUAUCAAACCUCAGAACGUUUUGCUCGAUCCAGCAAGUGGUAUUUGUAAAAUGUGUGAUUUUGGAAGUGCUAAAAUCCUAGUUCCUGGUGAACCCAAUGUUUCUUAUAUUUGUUCUCGUUAUUACCGUGCCCCAGAAUUGAUCUUUGGCGCUACAAAUUAUACGCUCAGUAUCGACGUCUGGUCCACAGGCUGUGUUAUGGCAGAGUUGAUCCUAGGACAGCCCUUCUUUCCUGGUGAGAGCGGUAUCGAUCAAUUGGUUGAAAUCAUCAAGAUUUUGGGCACUCCUUCAAAGGAACAAAUUGCUGCAAUGAAUGCAAGCUACGUGGAGCAUAGAUUCCCUUUGAUUAAGCCUCAUCCUUUGUCCACUAUCUUUACUACUGCUAAUGUGGAGGCCGUUGAUUUAUUGUCUCGUAUGUUGCAAUAUCACCCUCAGCAAAGAAUUACUGCUAUUGAAGCCUUGUGUCAUCCAUUCUUUGAUCCCAUUCGUGACCCCAAUACAAGAUUACCCGAUGGUCAACCAUUACCACCCGUUUUGAACUUUACAAAAGAAGAAUUAUCCAUUCGACCUGAUUUAAUCAGAAGAUUAGUCCCUCCACACAUGGAGCAGGAGCUUCUUGCAAAGGGAAUUGAUAUUCAUCAUUUUGAUCCUAUUCCAGCUGAUCAAAUGAAGAUUUCCCCCUCAGCCAUCUAG